AUGCGUUCCAGGCUUCGAUCCAAGGAGCGCGUGUUCCUUGAGGCGGUUGGUAGAGGCGACAAGGCGACUGUGGUGAGAUGUCUCCAGCCGCCAGACCCGGUUGAUGUUAACGUCAGGACCGCCUUGGGUCGGAGCGCCCUGACCACCGCCGUCACCAUGGAGAACGUGGAGAUAGUGGAGAUACUUCUAAAGCAGGACGGCAUCAGGAUCGGAAACGCGCUCCUUCACGCCAUACGUGAGGGCGUGUAUCGUAUCGUGGAGAUGAUGGUCAACCAUCCGAGCAUCACACCUGACAUGCUGGGUGCCGGGUGGAGCCGCGUGGCUCCGGAAAGUGAGGACUUCUCUUCCUGCGUCACUCCCGUCAUGCUGUGCGCGCAGCUCAACCAGUUCGAGAUCCUCCAUCUCCUCCUGUCACAGGGCGCUACCAUCGCAAACCCACACAAACCUGGAUGUGAGUGCACAGGAUGUAAAGGUAGUAACAAAGACGACAGCCUUCGUCACUCCAUCGUCCGGAUCGAGACCUAUCGGGCCCUGGCGUCGCCAUCUUGGAUCUCGCUGACGUCAUCAGACCCAGUCCUGACGGCGUUCAAGCUCAGCUGGGAUUUGCGCCACCUAGCGACCAAUGAACGAGAGUUCAAGGAGUCGUAUCUGAACCUGGCGGAACAGUGUCGGAAGUACCCCGUAGAGCUGCUGGACCAGUGCCGCAGUUCCGUGGAACUCAACAGCAUCUUGAACCAAGCCUGUGAUGAUGAUGAAGAUGUGAAUGACGACGAAGAGGAAGACGAGGAUGAUGGGAUAGAUGAGGACCACCAGAAGCCGAGUCUAUACCGACUCAAGCUGGCGCUCAAGUACGAACAGAAACAGUUCGUGGCCCACCCCCAUUGCCAGCAGCUCCUGACCUCCAUGUGGCACGAGGGCCUGCCGGGCUGGCGCAGGCGCAGUGUGUUCGCCAGGCUGCUGAUGGUGAUGUCACUGAUGACGUUGAUGCCGAUCGUGGCGGUCUGUUACGUCAUCUCUCCGCGCAGCCGCAUGGGAAGGUUUACGAACUACCCGUUUAUCAAGUUUGCCAGCCAAGCGGGUUCGUUCGCGGUGUUCCUGAUCCUGCUGACCAUGGCCUCUCCCCGGGAAGAGAACAUGACCAACAGGCGCGGCCCGCCGCCAUCCACCGUUGAGGUCCUCAUCGUCUUCUACGUAGCAGGACUAGUGUGGAGCGAGUGUAAGCAGCUGUGGAACCAAGGCAUGCACCUGUUCAUCCGGGACUAUUGGAACUGGCUGGACUUCAUCAUGAACUCACUCUACCUGGCAACCAUAUCCCUCCGUGUGGUCGCAUACGUCAGGGUCACGGCAGGAACUGACUUUCCAAUGGAGACGGAACGGAAGAAUUGGCCCUCGGACGAUCCCACUCUCAUCUCGGAGGGGUUGUUUGCUGUGGCCAACGUCUUCAGCUUUUUCCGUGUCAUCUAUCUAUUUCAGACCAAUCCCCACCUCGGCCCACUGCAGAUCACGCUUGGCUCCAUGCUGCUGGACGUCGGCAAGUUCCUGUCGGUGUUCUUCCUCAUCAUGGCGUCGUUCGCGGUGGGGUUCAGCCAGCUGUACGGGUUCUACCGCGACACGGAGGUGUGUGAGGACGAGGGAGGGCAGAGGGUCUGCCGGGGAAACCCCACCGAGUUCCUAACGUUUGACGCUGCGGUGAUGACGCUGUUCUGGUCGCUGUUUAAGCUGAUUGGUCAGGAGACGUUAGACAUGGAGGAGAAGAAUGCGUUCCUGGUCUCCACAGGCUCGCUGCUGCUCGCCGCGUACCAGAUCGCCGCGGUGGUCAUCCUGCUCAACCAGCUCAUCGCCACCAUGGCGGACUCCUUCCAGGACAUAGACACCCACGCCGACAUGGAAUGGAAGUACGCGAGAACCAAACUCUGGUUGAGUUACUUCGAUAACGGGACUACCUUACCCCCUCCGUACAACGUCAUCGUCACACCCAAGUCAAUCUACUACUUUUUAAAGGUACGGGGCAGGGAUUUCUAUUGGCGCAUGCGUGCAAGGUGCCCGGGCUGUACGACAAAGGAUGCCGGUAUGGCGGGAGAAGGCCCGGAUGUUUCGGGGGAGGCGGGACAGUCACCUGUUGGGAACUAUGCACCUAGCGGCACAGGCUGA